AUGGCGAUCACCUCGAAAUGGAAUCCCAGUCGUGUCGCGAAGUCGGUAUGGGAGGUGCUAGAGCAAGGGUGGUAUUUGGGAUUCACGGCUUUCGGCGGACCUCCUGUCCAUUUCAAGAUUUUCCAUGACAAGUAUGUCAAUAAGUUAGGAUGGAUUGCUGAACAGAUGUACCAAGAACUCUUUGCCGUCUGUCAGGCAUUCUCUGGGCCAGGUAGUACAAAAAUGUACUAUUGCUUGAACCUGAUCCAUUUCGGAUUCCUUCCUGCUGUGUUGGCAUUAAUCAUCUGGACCUUGCCCGGUGCUCUCGGCAUGUACGGAUUCGCAGUUGGCGUCUCCCAUAUCGGCGAAAGUCUCCCACGUCAAGCCUAUGCUCUCCUUUCUGGCCUGAACGCAGCAGUUGUGGGUAUCAUUGCCCUAGCUGCAGUCCAACUUGCCCAAAAGGCCAUCACGGACAAGAUGACCAGAAUCUUAGUCGUCCUCGGUGCUUGUGCUGGACUCCUGUACAAUGCUCUGUGGUAUUUUCCACUCCUGAUGAUGCUUGCUGGUUGUACAUCAGUGAUAUUCGAUUAUCGAGUCCUUCAUCCUGCAGCAAAAUGGAUCACUAGUCUCCGGAGAAAGAGGAAGCAAACGAAUCCAGAGGAUCAAGAUCUCGAAUUGCCCACAAACGUCAAAUCUGAACAGGACAAACCGGCGGCGUCCUCAAAACCUGCAACAGCAGCUACUGCUGAGUCGAAAUCCGACAACCAGCCAUCCGCCACAGUAGCUUUAGAAACAGUCCCCGAACCACGCAUCAUCCCAGCAGCACGCACGCUCAACAUCUCCUGGCAAUUCGGGUCCUUCGUUCUCGUCAAUUUCCUCCUCCUCUUCAUCGCAAUCAUGGUCCUACGUGGAACACUUCCCCUUAAACCUCUCCUCUUCAACCUCUUCUCCAACAUGUUCCUAGCCGGAACCAUCAUCUCCGGCGGCGGACCAGUCGUCAUUCCUCUAUUGAGAGAAUACGUUGUGUCUGAAGGCUGGGUUUCACCUCGAGAUUUCCUUCUCGGUCUAGCUAUCGUCCAAGCAUUUCCUGGACCGAACUUCAACUUCGCUGUUUUCUUGGGUGCUUUAACAGCCGUAUUUGGUGGAUACAAUGCUGCUGCUGGAGUUUUGCUGGGAUACCUUGGAAUUUUCUUGCCUGGAAUCAUCACUGUUCACGGAACAAUGGGUAUCUGGAGUGCCAUUCGAGGGAAGAGAUGGGUGAAGAGCGCACUGAGGGGUAUCAAUGCUGCCGCUGUUGGAUUAAUUUACACUGCGGUCUACAGAUUGUGGCAGAUUGGAUAUGUUGACGAGGGGUUUGAGGCUGGGAAGAGUUUGGGAGAUGAUCCGUGGUGGGUGGUUGUGGCAGUCACGAGCUAUGUGGGAGGGAUGUGGUUCAAUGUCAAUGCACCAGUUGCCAUCGUGCUUGGUGCGACGAUGGGCUUGAUCAGAUACGGUGUGGUUGUCAAAUGAUCUGCAUUCGAAUGUUCAUCUUGAGUUGCGCGCGCUGCGCUUAACAGAUGAUCUCAGGAAGUUUCGCUGAGCAAGAACGCAGUUGCUCAAGGGG